AGCUUGAAAAUCGGUUUCAUAAUCGCCAAUGCAUCGUCUAAAAUUUCGUUUUAUACGUUGUAUUGUUAAAUAAUGGGCUCAUUUAAUUGUAAAAUUGGCUCAAAUGUUGGACUCAAUAAAAAGGAGGAGAAUCUUAUACAAGAGGCACAGAAAUAUCUAACGAAUAAUGGACUGGAUUGGUCAUUCUACAAAGACCAAGUCAAUAAAUGGAAGAAGUCCGAGCUAAACAUUGCCUUAGCCGGAUCAAAUCAAUCGGAAAAAGCCUCUUUCAUAAAGUCUAUCAUUGGACUUAAAGCUCAUAAAGAUGGCAAUGAGGAACCAACUGAUUAUUCCUGUCCUAAAAGUGAAAACAUCAUGCUAUGGGAUCUGCCUGUCUUUGAAACAAUUGAAGCACCUGAAGACUCAUAUAUUGAAACCUACUGCAAAAACAUUGGUGGUCUAGAGAAGUAUGACACUUAUUUAAUUUUUUGCACAGCAAACUUCACAAACUGUGAGAGAGAACUAGUUGAUGUUUUAAAAAAAUCAAGCAAGCCUUUCGAUUUCAUUUGCACCUACAAUGAUGCUGAUGUCCAGAAUGCCAAGAAAGAUGAAGAUGAACGUCAUGAUGAUGAAUCUGACAUUGAAUUAAGAGUAAGAAAAUACUGCUUGAAAAAGUUGAAAAAUGUAAUGACGGAUAAGACAGAGUUGCAUCUGAUCGACACGAAAGAAAAAAAUGACUUUCGUCGUGAGCAUGAUGAUGUUUUCAAAAAGUUUCUGGAACGUCGGCAAAAGUUAUUUCUACGUUAUUUCAAUGACGAAUUUCACAAAAAUAGCAGAUACAGUAAAGUAAAUGCAACUAAAAAUGAAGGUGAUCCAGAUGAGAUUUACGAAGAUUUAAUUCAGUCAUGGAAAAACGUGCAGAUACAUCUAGCAAUAACUGGAGAUUCGGGAACAGGAAAAUCAUCUUUUAUCAACGCCGUGAGAGGAAUUAAAGCUUAUGAAGAAGGUGCAGCAGAAGUUGGUGUUACAGAAAUGACAAGCAAGGUCACUAAGUAUUCACACCCAGAUAAUGACAACAUCGCUUUCUGGGAUCUACCUGGUAUUGGAACACCUACAUAUCCCAAUCUUAAAGAUUACUGUAGAAAAGUUGGUGGUUUAGAGAAGUACGACGCAUUUCUUAUUUUUUGCAAGACACGAUUCACUAACCAUGACAAAGAGUUGGCAGAGAAAGUUUCGUCUGAACUCAAAAAGCCUUUCUUUUUUAUUCGCACGAACGUCGAUUACGAUGUCAAGAACGCCAAAGAAGACGAAGGAGGAAAUUUUGAUGAAGAAUCUGUCUUGGAAAUAAUGAGGAAAGAUUGUUUGCAAAACCUGAAAGGUUUGAUCGACGAUAAGAAUGAUAUCUACAUGAUUGACAACAAGGCACCAGAUAAAUAUGAUUUUCAGUGUUUGAAAGAAUCAAUCGCCGAGGCCUUACCAGAUGAAAAGAAGAAACAUUUUGCUGAUUCCUUGGCCAUUGCAACACAUGCUAUCAUAAAAUUACAGGCUAACUUGCUGAGAGAACAAGCACUUGUGGUUACACAUUGUUUAUCGUUUGCUAUGUCUUCACAAGAAACGACUCUACAAUGGCUUAUAUUCCCAGUUCUUUGGCUGUUCACGUUUUUAAGAGACAAAGUGGUUACACAUUGUUUAUCAUUAGCUACGUCUUCACAAGAAACGACUCUACAAUGGCUUAUAUCCCCAGUUCUUCGGCUGUUCACGUUUAUGAAAGACAAAGUGAUCUCAAGCAAUUCAAAUCCGACUUCAUCUGCAAAGCUCGCAUCUCAGCUUAUCUCAAAUAAAUUAAUUCCUCGAUUGUAUGAUGCAUUGGAUGUGCCAAAAGCAAAAUCCGAUGAAAUCAUGAAUAAGCUUUUAGACGAGGAGUUCUUUAAAAGUGUGGAAGAGUUACCACUGGAAGUUACAGUUUAUUUCCUUAUAAAGUACAUUGAUGGUCUUGAAAAAUAUGCUAUAGAACAAUGUUAGAGACAAUUCACAAUAACGCUCGAGCUUUAAAAAUCAUGACAGAUUUUCCUUUUGCAUGAGACUGUUUACAAGUUUCUGUGAAAUUUAAAGGCACCAUAACCAUAAAGGGACCUAAAUUCUUAACCAAGUUUGUAUUGAUUAAUUCGUAACUUAUUUCUUUUAUCUUAAUAAAAACUUAGCCGUUGUGCAGUAGCUUGUA